GCAAGGACGUUGGUGUGGAGGCGAGGUAAUCACCACCAUGAGUUCCAGUGUGCUGCCGAAACCUCAGAUGCGUGGUCUUCUGGCCAGGCGUCUGCGGAUGCACAUUGUGGGCGCAUUCAUUGUGGCCCUGGGAGUUGCGGCUUCCUAUAAGUUUGGCGUGGCUGACCGAAGAAAGAAGGCGUAUGCAGAUUUCUACAGAAAUUAUGAUUCCAUGAAAGAUUUUGAAGAGAUGAGGAAGGCUGGUAUCUUUCAGAGUGCGAAGUGAUUUCUGAAUGCAGAGAGCUCUCUGGAUUGUGCUCCAUGGAAGUUCCUCUCUGACCUGUGUUCCUGAACUGUGAAACAUGAGUAUGUGGGCUACGGAGUGGUUUCUCCCAAUAAACAAUUAACAAUUAUAUGGACA